GAUACUGCAGAGGAGAAGUUUGUGCCGUACUAUGAUCUGUUCAUGCCCUCCCUCAAACACAUCGUGGAGAACGCCGUUCAGAAGGAGCUUCGCCUGCUGCGAGGAAAGACCAUCGAGUGCAUCAGCCUCAUCGGCCUGGCUGUGGGCAAAGAGAAGUUCAUGCCGGAUGCUUCAGCUGUGAUGCAGCUGCUUCUGAAGACACAGACUGAUUUCAAUGAUCUGGAGGAUGAUGAUCCACAGAUCUCCUACAUGAUCUCGGCCUGGGCGCGCAUGUGUAAGAUCCUGGGCAAGGAGUUCCAGCAGUACCUGCCUGUGGUGAUGGGCCCGCUGAUGAAGACGGCCUCCAUCAAACCUGAAGUGGCCCUGCUUGAUACUCAGGACAUGGAGAACAUGUCUGAAGAUGAUGGUUGGGAGUUUGUGAAUCUCGGAGACCAGCAGAGUUUUGGCAUUAAGACGGCAGGACUGGAGGAGAAAGCAACUGCGUGCCAGAUGCUGGUGUGCUAUGCUAAAGAGCUGAAGGAAGGGUUCGUCGAGUACACGGAGCAAGUCGUCAAGCUGAUGGUUCCUCUGCUGAAGUUCUACUUCCAUGAUGGUGUGCGUGUGGCGGCGGCCGAGUCCAUGCCUCUUCUGCUGGAGUGCGCUCGCGUCCGAGGCCCAGAAUACCUCACGCAGAUGUGGCACUUCAUGUGUGACGCCCUCAUCAAAUCCAUCGGCACCGAACCCGACUCGGACGUGCUGUCAGAAAUCAUGCACUCAUUUGCCAAGUGCAUCGAGCUGAUGGGAGACGGAUGCUUGAACAACGAGCACUUUGAGGAGCUGGGGGGCAUUAUGAAAGGCAAACUAGAGGAGCACUUUAAAAACCAGGAGGCCAGACAAG